ACGAGGACUUCGAGUAGGCUAGACUUAUAUCUAAAAACAAACAAUGGUUCAUAGCAAGAUGAAUUCAUUAUUGCUAACACUGGCGAUGUGCUUGAUUAUUGGGUGUUCAUGGGCUGGAGAUUUCACCCCUCUGAGGGUCCGCGUGGACAGAGCCGUAGUGGGAGACCCCUGCACUGUGACGUUAGAGUACGAGGCCUCCGCUCAUCCUCUGUUUUCAUUCCGAGCCACCCUUCCCAGCGAGAAACUCAUAUCAGCCAAAGGUGCUCCCGGUAUGGUGGUAUCCGACAACUUCUCAAACGGCCACGGUAUUCUCCAGCUCCGGAUUGCAGAGGUAAAACGAGAGCAAAUCACUUGGGACUCCCCCUUUCAGAUUCUAGCCAAAUUCUUCGGCGAUAACUACUACUGGAAAAUAACCUUCAAAUUCCGCGGACAGGAGGAAGAGCAGGUUCUGGAGAUCCCGGACAUCGAUUACAAUGAAAGACCACCAAAACAAAUCAAGUUUCGCCUUGGAAAACCUUUUAGUUUGAAAUGCGGGUUUAAAGUGAACGGAACUUUCGACUAUGCUGGCGCUGUUUGGCGAAAAUUCAAUUCGCUUCAGUUCAGCAACGCGACCCGGGAAGAGAAAAGAAAUAACCUAAACUAUAGACCCGACAGAAAGAAGGAUUCGAAUGGCGUUUUGCACGUCGUCAACUCAGACAAUUUCGACUCUCCUUCCGCCGCCGACCAAUGUAUGUGGCAAUGCACAGCCGCCGUUAAAAUGUAUUUCACCAUCGGCCGUACUGCGCAGAUGGUCUUUCUUCUGGUCCACAUCAUAUCCACGACAGAUGUCAGUCUAGAAGAUGCCCCACCCUCUUUCCCGGUUUUUGCCACGCCCAUACCCCAAUUAACAGUUUUCCCCGAUUUCCCGGCCAGUCCAACCUACCCGAGAGGGGUCCUUGACGUGUACGGGCCCCGUUUUGAGAAACCUUGGUUCCUCGUGUUUUAUUGCUAUGGAUACGGUGCCCCAAAUCUGCGCAUCUCCCUGUUCAGAAACGACACCCUGGUAACCAGGGAAACGGCGCCUAAUAUAAACCAGCUUUCUUUAAAGACGAGCGACUUUACGGACCGGAUGAUGUAUUCCGUUGACUGCACUGAGCUGGACAAAUGUCGAGGUCAGUUUCGAUGUGUGGCCAAUAAUGGGGCUGGUGACACGCAGACCACACCCACCUGGGUGAUCAAAGAGUAACCGGCAUCUUCUGCACAGUCCUACGUAGAGCGACCUUUUGCCGCAACUGUCUGGUUGUCCUUUAAAACAAAUGUCAUCUGAUUUUAGUGGCUGGCUUUUAUUAUUCUGUCUCUGUGUUAUUUCGAUUCUCUUUCGUGUUUAUCUAACUGUUUUUCGCUGCCAAGAACAUUAAUAUGAUAAACAGAUUUGGAGAAAAAC